AUGGACAACACUGGCAAAGAGAAGGAAGCCAUGCAGCUGAUGGCUGAAGCCGACAAAAAGGUCAAAGCGUCCGGAUCCUUCCUCGGUGGGAUGUUCGGGGGGAACCAUAAGGUGGAGGACGCCUGUGAAAUGUACGCCAGAGCAGCAAACAUGUUUAAGAUGGCAAAGAACUGGAGUGCUGCAGGCAAUGCUUUCUGUCAGGCUGCUCGUCUCCACAUGCAGCUCCAGAACAAACUGGACUCCGCCACAAGCUUCGUCGACGCCGGCAACGCCUACAAGAAGGCCGACCCACAGGAGGCCAUCAACUGUCUAAAUCAGGCCAUCGACAUCUACACUGACAUGGGUCGGUUCACUAUUGCAGCCAAACAUCACAUCACUAUAGCCGAGAUAUACGAGGCUGAGUUGGUCGACAUUGAGAAGGCCAUUGCCCAUUAUGAACAGGCAGCCGAUUACUAUAAAGGAGAAGAAUCUAACAGCUCAGCCAACAAAUGUCUUCUGAAGGUUGGACACUACAGUGCUCAGCUGGAGCAGUACCAGAAAGCUAUUGAAAUCUAUGAACAGGUUGCUAUGAGCACCAUGGACAAUCCUCUGUUGAAGUAUAAUGCCAAAGAGUAUUUCUUCAAGGCCUCACUGUGUCACUUCAUAGUGGACGAACUGAAUGCCAAGUUGGCCAUAGAGAAGUACGAGGAGAUGUUUCCAGCUUUCUCAGACUCAAGAGAGCUCAAACUGUUAAAGAAACUCCUAGAUGCCCACGAGGAGCAGAACAGCGAGGCGUUCACAGAGGCCGUCAAGGAGUUCGACUCGGUGUCCCGUCUGGACCAGUGGCUGACCACGAUGCUCCUCCGCAUCAAAAAGACCAUCCAGGGAGACGCUGGGGACCUGAAGUAG